GCAGAAAUUGUCUUUCAGAUAAAUCACGUGGGUUGACACACGUAGCUGCGAAUCACGUGUUUCAGCGCAGCAAUAAGUCAAUCUUUCAACAAUCGACAGACCCAAUCAACACGACGUAAUGCCAUUACAUAACUUCCUAUUUGUAUUGUCUAGUUCGUCGUCUUCCUUCAAUUCUCCGUUUUUUCUCGGCUAAUAUUCGAUACUCGGUCGUAAAAUGUCGUAUUUCCAUGGCAACUGAUGCAAAAACAAAAUGGAGGACGAAACUGUGGGAGCGACGGACAAUAUUGUCACUGAAUUUGCUACUUACGAGGACUUUUUAGACAGCCAAAUAACGCCUCUUGAUCUCUAUUACCUCGAGGAUGAAGAGCUUGCAAGACAAUUGGUUGAACUUGGCUACAGAGGCUCAGGGGAAGUCCUUAAACGCGAGGAGUUCCAGGCGAGAAAACAAGCAGCAGAAGCGAGUCGAUUAUCGAAACGAAGCCAACAAAAAACGCUGGCUAGCUUUGGAAAAGAGCUGAAAGAUCCGUUUCUGAAGGCGCUCGCUCAACGCGAAGAAGCGAAUCGUAGUGGCAAAAUGACUUCCAUCAUAUUCAUACGAGAUAAAAAUUCCCGAGGCCAAGAGAUUUCUGGAUACAUUGACUAUGCCCAUAGACUGAAAGUGGAGGAUUUUGAACCAUAUUUUAGCGGAAGAAAAAGACUUCUUCCAAGACCAUCUGACCUCAGCUUUUACAAUUGGGAAACACAGACCGCGACAUCAAAUCCGACCCCAAAUUACCAAGUCAUUGCCGAGAACGCAAGCGGACUCUUGUUUAAGAAUAAAAGAGACAGAAAGGUUUUGAAUGUUGAUCCAAAAGCUCCUUCACCUGGCGAUAAUUCAGCGCGGGUUACUUUAGAAUCGCCUAAAUACGUACAGUUGGUUAUAUACGAUCAUAUCACCCGACGAAAAACGUAGAAAGACAUGAAUAAUAUUCAGUUUUAGACAUUCAGUUUUGUCAUGUGAAAUGUAAAAUGUAAAAUUUAACUUAAACAAUUAAAUAA